AUGUCCAACACAACGGCUUCAGCAAAAGUUGGAAAACCACCCAACACCGCCAGGGAUUACAACAUCAUCAGGGGGAUCUACCGGCAGUAUGGAGUCACCACGCUCGACCCCAGCCUGGGUUACAUCUUUGCGGCCCAGGAGCCCGCGAACGCGGUUCACGAGUCGAAGCAAGGAGCUAUCAUCGCCGGCAUGGUGAUUGUUAUGGUCGUUAUCAUCAUUCCGACAGUAUUGAGACUCAUUGUGAAGUGGCGGGGUACUCAGACGAAAGUCGGAUGGGAUGAUUGGGUGAUUGUAGCUGCUGCGCUCCUCGGGGUGGUUUAUCCUAUUCUUCAAAUACUGGUCGUCAUCGAUGCCGGAGGAGGACUACAUACCUGGGAGAAUACCUACGAAGACUACCAGUUCUACUCCUACUAUCUCACCAUUUGCAAGAUUAUCUACUACCCCACGGUCGGCAUUAUCAAAAUCUCGAUCACGAUAUUCAUUCGCCGUUUAGUCGACACGGCUUUCCAGACUUGGAGAAUCGUCGCCGACGUCUUUCUAGGAACACUCGUCGCCUACAUCAUAGCAUCGAUAUUCUGGAGCAUCUUCAUCUGCAAUCCUGCGAGAGCAGUAUGGGAUCGAGAAUUUGCUGGAAGUCUGGCUGAGCCGGCAACGUGUGGGAGCUCGUUGAUAAGCGCCAAGGUUCUCAGCAUCAUCCAUGUCGUCCAGAGUGUGCUGCUCCUAGCCACGCCUAUCAUCAUUCUGUGGCGUGUCCGCAUUGGCGUGGGCAAAAAGGUCAGGCUCUUCAUCAUCUGGGCGGCAGGUGGCCUUACGGUUGCUGGAGGCCUCUUACAACAAACGCAACCCUUCACAUCAACCGACAUCUUCUGGGACUACACGAUUAUUCUCCGAUGGACGGUGCUCGACAUAUCGAUGGGGAUUGUCACAGCCUCUCUGCCGGUCUUGGAUGCAGCGAUCAUGGGCUCAUGGCAUGCAGCCAAGUCAUCCUUCGGCCUGUCCAAUCACGACAAGCAAGCAACCAACAAGAACACCACGAACGCGGAACACACGAUCAACUCCGGACCUCGCCACAGUCACCCGCCUUAUGCCAGUUCAUCCGAGAACAUCAUUGGCAAAGGAAACGGCGUCGAGCUGGACCUCUUCCAGCAAUAUACACAUAAUGAGCCGAGAGAGAGCUCGGAAGCAGACACGACAGGACAUGAGAGAAAGCACGGGGUAAACAACAUAGUCUGA